AUGUCAAUGUGACAUUAUUGUGAUUUUGAUAAAAUUUGAUUCAGUCGUGACUUCGUAAUUUAUUGAAUUUAUAUCAUAAAACUGGACCAGUUUUGCACUUAUGUAAUCGGAACAAAUAAUUACCAAGUACUGGGAUCGAUACAUAAUACGGUGUCUGUUAGGUGCACUAAUUUAUAACCUAACUUACGAUGCAAUUGGUUACUAGUGUUCGCCUUUUUCGUAGACCUUACACGAUAUGUUAUGUAUCCGAGGAAGGCUUGGUGAUUCCAGACACUCAGUGCUGCAAGCUCCUAGGCAUCGAGUGUGGAUACGGCGACUAUUAUUACGAUAGUGGCUACAGGAACAAGUUGAAGUUUGUGGCCACUGCAUUUUUCCUCCGGCCAUUCGUGCAGGCCUGUAUAAACUCGGAUGAGUACAGGUACAGGGUGUUGUUGCAUUUGCACAAACUUUGUGGAUGCCCUGAGGAUGGGGUAGUGUUUUUGAAACUGAUUCUAGAGCCUCCAGAUAAGGAAAUUAUUGACUAUGGAUGGAAUGAUAGAAUGCUGAGACUAAUUUGGACAAGGGUUGAAAUAGAAAAUGCAUUUUCUUGGCUGUCCACUCUAGGCGGUGCUUAUUCUGCUUUAGGAGACUAUUUUGAACACUGCGCUGAAGAAGCAGGUAGAAUAUCAAUACGACAGUACAAGCUGUCAAAAAUGCUCGGAGACGAAGGCUUAGCUGCUCGUAGCAAGUUAUAUUCUGCCCUAUCAUAUUCCCAGAAGGGGAAAAUCAAAUUAGCUAGGCACGUAGUCCGUAACGUUGCAGAGUUUGGCCGGGCAACAAAGGACAAAAGACUCAUACGUAUGUGUCAAGGUGUAUGGGCCAAGUUGAAAUAUUUGAGAUCUUUGAAGAAGAAACAAGUUGGUGAUGCCACUUGUGACGGUGAUGUGCUGAUGUGUAAAUAAAGUACGUAAUUAAAGUACCAAUACAUUUCACAAAUGUGAAAAAUGAUACAGGAUCUAUUUAUAAUAAAAA